GCUAAUACGGGAGUUUUCUUGUAACCUAGUGGUGAAAAAUGACAUCGAAGGAAGAGGAAGCAAAGGAUGACGUCAGACCUGGAGUUGAGUCUGUUCCUCGCAGACGUAACAGACGAGGUUUAUUGAGACUUUAUUAUGGCGUGUCUGACGAGGACAGAACAGGACAGUCAGAUCCUACUGAUAUUGACGGACCUCAUUUCAAGGUUGAGUCAUAUCUGGAUGAACUGUACAAAACUACGGGUCUCAAUGAGCUGAUGCAACAUGAAGAGAGGAUGCAUCGUGAAAUCAAGGCUCUUGACAGUGACAUGCAGACUCUCGUGUACGAAAACUACAACAAAUUCAUUAGCGCCACGGAUACGAUACGAAAGAUGAAAGACGAUUUUCGUUGUAUGGAAGAAGAGAUGAAGAGCCUGGACGAGAAUAUGCGAGCAAUCACUGAAUUUAGUGACACGAUUAAUGCCACAUUGGCUGACAAACGACACAGAAUAAAGAAAUUGUCAGGCGUUCAUGGGAUGCUGCAGAAAAUGCAGUUUCUGUUUGAGCUGCCGGCGAGACUCAAUAAAUGCUUGGAGAUGGGAUCACACGCACAGGCUGUCAGAUAUUACUCGAAGGCAACUGUAGUGUUGAAGCUGUAUGAAGACAUGCCGUCGUUUCGUGGAAUUCAAGAAGAUUGUGAGAAGAUUGUUUCUCAGUUGAGACAGAAACUGAGAGAGAUGCUUGAUGAUGAAACAGCGUCUUCUCAACAAUUGUCUGAAUGUGUUGACCUUCUACUUCAGCUAGACGAGCCUGCUGGAGAGCUGUGUGACCAAUUCCUCACAAGAUCACAUCUCAGAUUACAACCAGACCUCGCCAGUCUUACCUCAACGUCUGGUGAAACUGAUGAAGACAUUGUCAGUUAUAUUGAUCGUGGCUGCAACACGUUCCUCAGCAACUUGAGCUUACUGAUCACGUCGUUCCAAGACUUGUUUGUUCAUCGAGAGGUCCACGGUGCAUCUGUUGCCAAUAUUGCUAAGCCCAAGAUGGAGGGAUUUGUGUCAUCACUGAUGGAGCCAUAUUUUGAAGCAGUGAAGAGCAGAUGUGUUCUAGAGUCUCGAGCUGGAGAGAGUGUGUUGCUGGUGAGGGCUUUGGAUAGGCUUCAUAGACGAAUUCAAGCUGUGCAGAAGCUAAUGCCAUCUCUAGAUAUUGCAAGGGUUUGUGCAGAUAUUAUUUUAGCUGCUUCUGAAGAGAGAGUGAAGUUCUGUAAUGAACAUCUAAGAAGCCAUUUAUCGGGUUGUGUGAUGGACAUGAAGCAAGCUCUCACCAGCAGGCAGCGUCAGCUUACUGUCCAAUCAGGUUCAUCAAACAGUGUUUUAUCAGAUCUCUUCACAACUAUGCAACAAUCAGUCACAGACAAAAUAAAGGCGACACUCUUUAGCCUGAAAGACUUUGUUGCUCCGGAAAUCACGUUUGCCGGUAAGCACUACUUUCGGACCGCCUUCUGUCAUGACUGGGUGUUGCAACAGCUUGUUCUUGACUUCAUACAGCAUCUACUCUCAACAGCACAAAGUUAUUGCGAUUUGAUGGCAGGACGUGAUGCGGUUCCUCCUGCUCUUGUGUUGAUGGUGUCUAGGUUGUGCCUUGAUUUUGAGCAGUCAACCAUUAGCUAUUUGGUAACUUUAACAGAUGAAAUGUUUCCACUGAUGGACAGAGCGUCUAUUCUCACAAAGCCAGUUGCUCGAUUGUGUUCAACAGCAAACCAAGCAGCUCGAAAAUUAAUCAACCAUUACGUGCAACUGCAAGGUGUUGACAUAUCACAGAUGAUUCGCAAGAGUGUCGAGACGCGAGACUGGAUUGCUACAAUUGAGCCUCAAAGCGUACGAGCUGUCAUGAAGCGAAUUGUCGAAGACCUAACACUAAUCGACUUACAAACUGGCAUGUUGUAUGAAGAAGGCGUGAAACGCGAUAGAAGCUCAGACGACAGUAAGAGAACGUGGUCAUACAGUCAGUCAAGACAGGCAGCGAAACCGUGGGGUUACACACCAAGUGGUGUGGAUUCUGGUCUAUUGGCCAACAUCCAGAAACUGUUCUCGGAGAGAAUCGAGAUUUUCAGCCCCGUGCAGUUCACCAAGGUGUCGGUUGUGACGGGAAUAGUCAAGAUUGCACUCAAGACUUUACUUGAAUGCGUUCGACUGAAGACGUUUGGCAAGUUUGGCCUUCAACAAAUGCAAGUCGACUGUCACUAUCUACAGCUCUAUCUGUGGAGAUUUGUUUCCGAUGAAAAUAUUGUUCAUGGCUUGUUGGAUGAGGUGAUGAACUCUGCAGUGAACAGAUGCAUCGACCCUCACCUAAUGGAACCAAGUGUUGUUGAAGUGAUCUGCAAUCAAGUGUGAAGGAAACCUGUUCAUUACUUCUCCAGUUCUACUACCAAAUACUCUCUGUUUCCACUUAUUAUAAAACAUUACUUGCUAGAAAGUUCUUUCAAAUUGUAUGUCAGAAAUUUCCG